AGCAGCAGACCAUCAAUGUCGAGACCAAGAACUAGAUCCCCUUUUCGAUCGAGCCAUUUUGACGCAAAAUAUGUGGUGUUCGGCGUAAACGAGAUAUAGAAAAAUGCUAGGACAAAAAGGAACGGGCUUCCUUCAUGUUAUUUUGAUUGUUUUCUUGUAUAACCUCAAUAUAUUCCCAUCCCGCGCUGUGCCUGUUUCCUUCCCUUCCCUAAUCUCCUAUAUCAUCUGCGUGUGCUAUCGAGUAGAUAGAGUAGCUGACCUUCGCUAGAACUGCCAUAAGAAUGCUAGCUCCGGCCUCUCGAUC